UGGGCGUCAUGGCGGCCGCGCGGAGGCUGUGGCCGGCCGGGUGGGUGCGGGCCGCCGCCGCCCGCCGCGGGCUCGCGAGCCGGGGAGUCGCGGGUCCGGGCCCCGACGGCCGCGAGCCCGACCCCGACUCCGACUGGGAGCCCGAGGAGCGCGAGCUGCAGGAGGUGGCGAGCGCCCUGCGACGGCAGCGGGCGGCCAUCAGGUUCCAGAAGAUUCGCAGGCAGAUGGAGCCCCGCGGGGCCCCGCCCAGAACCCUGUCGCGGGAAGCCAUGGAGCAGAUCCGAUAUUUACAUAAGGAAUUUGCAGAGACCUGGCCAGUUCCUAGAUUGGCCGAAGGCUUUGAUGUCAGCAUUGAUGUGAUCAAAAGGGUUUUAAAAAGCAAAUUUGUUCCCACAUCGGACCAGAAACCCAAGGAUCAGAAGGAUCAAAAGGCCGUUAAUAAACAGCUGGGCCAGCAGCCCCGGAUUUCUGGUGAUAACUUGAAGCCACGUUCUGUGAGCCACCUUGGUUCUUGGUUGAUGCCAGGGGGUGAAGCUCCAUCUAGAGACCAGGAUCAUAGCGUGGCUUUGAAAGUGAUGAAAUGGAGUGUGCAGGGAGCAGGCACUCCUAAGAGCCAGAAGGGCAGGAAUAAAGGGGGCUGGAAGACCAGUGUGCCUGCUGAUGCCGCCCCCAGAGGUCCACGCAGAAGCACUCCGCUUGUCUUCAAGGCCCCCAGACAUGCUGAUGGUGAUGGAUCUCCAAAAUGACAGGAAACUGGAAGACGAGAGAGCCUGGUGACCAGAACUUCAGCAGCAAAGCAGAGCAGAGAGGGCGAGAAUUCCUUGGUGACAUUGGAAGCCCCCUGGCAGAGUUUGAGCCGGACGAAUGGAGCUGCCCAGUGGUGUGGGGAGAAAGCCGUUGUACCUGGUCUGACACAGGGCAGCAGACAUCAUUCGUGGAGGGGAGAGGGCCGGCAGCAUUCCCUGCCCCCUUCGCACCUGGAUUUUAGCCCGCUCAUGUUGCAUGUGUCCUCGAGUUCCUGCCAUGAUUGCUAUGAGGGGAGAAAGGGAAGUUGGCUCACUGCCCACGUUUCCUUAUUGAGCAGUUCUGGAACUGCUUAGCCGAUUGGUUCUUCAUGUUCAAAAUAAAGUAAAAUCUAGCCGC